AUGAAUGGAGAAAGUGAGAUAGUUUGGUCAUCAAAUGUUACAUCUUCAGUUAAUGCCAGUGCCCAGCUUUUGAACACUGGAAAUCUUGUUUUGCGAGAUCAUUCAAGUGGGCGUACGUUGUGGGAGAGUUUUGGACAUCCGUCCAAUACUUUUUUGCCUACUUUGAGGUUAAUUGACAACAUCAAUACAGGUAAUAAGGUGGUCCUGUCCUCAUGGAAAACCCCGACGGAUCCAGAAGUUGGAGAUUUCUCAGUGGGUCUCCAGGCUCUGAAUAUUCCUCAAAUCUAUACCUGGAAUGGGAAUCGUCCACACUGGCGAAGUGGUCCAUGGAAUGGGCAGAUUCUACUUGGUAUACAAGAGAUGUAUUCUGUAUACAGUGAAGAAUUCACUGUGCUAUUUUCUAACGUUGGUGAAGAUCUUUACAUUCGUCUAGCUUCUUCAGAACUAGAUGAGUACAAAGACAAAAAGCUGAUUAUUAUCAUUCCAAUAGUGGUGGGUUUGGUUGCCAUUUUUAUUUGCAUCUUCAUUUAUUGGUGGUUGAUGACUAGGCGAAAAGGAGCCAAAGGAAAAGUAGAUGCAGAUCUGUAUCAAGCUGGGAAAACAUAUCCAUCAACUUUGACCGAAAUAGAAAUUGUGGAUUUGCCUGUGCCGGAGCAACCGGUUUUUGCCGAGAAGUGGAACCGUAGUCAUGUCACCUCUUCCCAGAUGGGUGUUUCCAUUAACGAUGUCACUCUUACAACACUUGAUGGACGAUGA